AUGGCGCGGAGCCGGCCCGGGCGGUGCGGGCGGUGCGGGCGGCGCGGGCGGUGCGGGCGGUGCGCGCUGCUGGUCUGCGCGGCGUGGACCGCGGGCUGGGUGCUGGCGGCCGCACUGCUGCUCCGCGCGCACCCGGGCGUCCUCUCCGAGCGCUGCACGGAUGAGAAGAGCCGGCGCAUCCUGGCCGCGCUGUGCCGGGACUACGAGGGCGGGGCUCUGGUGGGAGACCUCUGUGAGGACCUGUGCGUGGCGGGGAAGCUGCUGUACCGGCGCUGCCUGUACUACGAGAGCGGCAAGAAGGUGCUGCAGGCCGACUGGCGCGGCCGGCCCGUCAUCCUCAAGUCCAAGGAGGAGGCCUUCUCCAGCUUCCCGCCUCUCGGCCUGCUGGAGGACACGGCCGAUGCGGGCGCCCAGGACUUCCCGGAGGCUGAGCUGCUGCUGCUGGUGGCCGGCGAGGUCAAGAACGCCCUGGGCCUGGAGCUUCCCGGCGGCAGCCUGGGGCCCCUGUGGCCAGGCGGGCGCGGUCCGCGGUGGCGGGGCCAGCUGGCCAGCCUGUGGUCCCUGCUGCAGCAGGAGGAGUUCGUCCUCUUCAGCCUGCUGCAGGACCUGAGCCGGCAUGCCCUGCCCGUGCUGGGCUCCUGCGGCCACUUCUACGCCGUGGAGUACCUGGCAGCCGGCAGCCCCCGCCACCGGGCCCUCUUCCCCCUUGAUGCGCGGCGGGGGGGCGCCCGGGGCGGCCGGGGCCAGGCCAAGGCCGUCAGCGACAUGGCCCUCAGCUUCCUGGACAUGGUGAGCCAUUUUGAGGACGACUUCUCUCACCGCCUCCACCUGUGCGAUGUCAAGCCCGAAAACUUUGCCAUCAGGAGCGACUACACGGUGGUGGCCAUCGACGUGGACAUGGCCUUUUUUGAACCUAAAAUGCGGGAAAUUCUCGAGCAGAACUGCACAGGAGACGAAGACUGCAAUUUCUUCGACUGUUUUUCCAAGUGUGAUUUGCACGUCAACAGGUGUGGAGCAGAAAGAGUCAACAGCAACCUGCAGGUCAUCUGUGACAAGAUCUUCCGCCACUGGUUCUCCUCAAGUCUCAGCAGCUCGGCCCUGUCCUUCCCGCUGCAGCGGCAGCUGCGGGAGGCGGUGCAGGAAUGCGCGGACCCCCAGAGCACCGCGCGCAGCCCCCCGAGAGCAGCCCCCGACGUGUUCCGGAAGCUUCGGCACCUCCUCCGAGCCACGCAGAGGGAACUGCAGGUCGCAGAGGAGUAG